UCAAGCUGUAAUCAAAAAUCAAAAUCAAAUCAUUAAAGGGAGAGGUGGUUACUGACUGUGCGAUGAGGUUUCAUAACCUCGUUGUGAUGAUCAACUUUCCUUUCUAAUUCACCCUAUGACGCCUAAUUUCACUUAUCCUUACCGUAUUUGUUAUGCUCGGAAAUUUAUUGUUUGCUGGCUGUGAAUUCACUUGAGUCGAACAGUUUUGAAUAGUUUCGUUUACCGUUAUGUUUUCAGAUUUCAAGAAAAGUGAGGCGUGUACUUCUGUGAUAUUAUAGUAAUUCCGUAUAAAAGUGCUCUGUUUACCUAUCUAUCUGUCUAUUAUAUAAGCAUUCAAUUCAUCAGAAACAAAGAAAAUGGAAACAUAUGAUACAAAACCAAAUGUUGGAAUUUUAUUCUGUAGUGAAUGUAAUAAUAUGCUUUAUCCAAAAGAGGAUAAACACACAAAAACCUUAUUUUAUGCUUGUCGUAAUUGUGAUUAUUCCCAGGAAGCAGAUAAUCCUUGUGUUUAUAUCAAUAAACUUGAACAAGAAGUUGAUGAAUUAGCUCUAAUCGUUCCAGAUGUUGUUCAUGAUCCGACUUUACCACGUACUGAAGAUCAUAUCUGUCGUCGAUGUGGUAAACAAGAAGCUGUAUUCUUUCAAUCGCAAACAUUGAAAGCUGAGGAAAAUAUGCGUUUAUAUUAUGUUUGUACGAAUGUUGAAUGUUUGCAUAAAUGGACUGAAUAAAUAUUGUACUUAUGUUUCUCUCUGUGUGUGUAUGUGUAUUUAUGUAUAUAUAUAUAUACAUAAGUUAUAAGAUAUUUUUCUAUCAAUAAAAUGUAUACGUCAGAUA